AGUGACGCGCUGGAACCGGGCGGAUCCUCUUACCGGAAGAAGAGAGCAGCACCUGGGCGGACUCGCAGGAAGCGUAUCUGUACCGCUCGAGUUUGGCUUGGGGCUUCCGGAGAGACGCAACUAUGUUGUUCCGCUGGCUGGUUUCGGUGUCUUUGUUUGCGGCAACAGGCGCCUUCACCGUCUCGAGCUCCAACAAAGAUGUGCAGGUGAAAGAGAACGAGGGCGUGGACCUCACGUGCAGCCACAGUGCAGAUUUUGGUCAAAAUGCCAGGUUGGAGUGGAAAUUCAAAGACACCAAAGGAUCACAAAGUUAUGUAGUUUUUAAUGGAAAACCUACAGUGCCGUACCAAUCCAGAGUGUCCAUGUACAGCGGCAAUCUGAGAUUCAGCAAAGUGACCCGAAAAGAUAACGGCAUGUACACCUGUGAAGUGUCUGGCAACGGGCAGUUUUCGGAAGUGGACGUGAAGCUGACGGUGCUCGUGCCUCCGUCCGUCCCCCUGUGCAGAAUCCCCACCUCAGUGACCACAGGAAAGAAGGCCGUGCUGAGCUGCCACGACGCCGAUGGCUCGCCAUCUCCACAGUACAGGUGGUACAAAGGUGGCGUCCUGCUGCCCCCUGAUCCCAGCAAGAUCGCAGCGUUCCGAAACGCCACUUACAAGAUGACCGACGGUGGCGGGAAGCUGGAGUUUCCCGCGGUCGGUAGGAUGGACACAGGUGAAUACUACUGCGAAGCCUACAACAGUGCCGGCCCGGCUCAGCGCUGCAAAGCUGUCAAGAUGGAAGUCCGCGACGUGAACACAGGAGGCAUCGUAGCCGGCGUGAUCGUGGCUCUUCUGCUGCUGCUCCUACUUGGAGUAGGAAUCUGGUACGCCAACAAGAAAGGAUACCUGCCCAAGAAGAGUGAAAGCAAACCAAAGUCCAACGUGGUGUACCAGCCUCCAUCAGUGUACGGAGGAGAGGAGGAUGAUGGGGAUUUCAAACAGAAGUCGUCAUUCGUGGUAUAACGAGAAGAAACGACCACUUUCUCAAGAUUGUUUUAUGGUUGGUCCCACGUUGCGCUGACCAGAGCUUGUGGUGUUGAAGAUCGGAGGCAAUGAUUUCAUUCAUACUUGGAUUUUUAAUCGAGCGCUCGGGGGCAGCUGUUGACCCAUUUUUACAACUGUGUUUGGAGUGUGUGUGUUUGUGUUGCUCUGGUUCACUGUGCCUCCUCAAACACUGAGUACGACGAAUGACCCGUAACUCAUUUUACUUUCCCGCUUGAAGGAUUACAGAAGUUAAUGUGUUUCUGAACUUAGAUGUGUGCGUUUAGCUUUUAUUCUGUUCUGUAUAUAUCAGCUUUUGUACUUUUUUUUAAAUGACGUGUCUCCUGUAUGAAUUUAAAACUCUUCAGUUUGAUUUUAAAACAAACAUUUAACACUACAAAUCAUGUCCGUAACACGCAGAAUACUGUCCGCUCUCUGGAAGUCAUGAUAGGAUUUUUGAAUCUUCUCCCAUCACCUCAUCUUUGUCAUGAGUUUGUCGCUGCUCAGUCAGCAGAUUGUUGUAACUUUGCUUUGUAUGUGUAGUAUAAUAAAAUUGU